AUGGCAAGCAGCGUAGAUGCGAAGCUCUUACGAGCGACAAAGUUCCCUCCCGAAUUUAAUCAGAAGGUUGACAUGCAAAAGGUCAAUCUGCAGGUCAUGAAGAAAUGGAUUGCCAGCAAGAUAUCUGAGAUAUUAGGAUCUGAAGAUGAUGUCGUCACUGAGCUAUGCUUUAACUUAAUCGAAGGUUCCCGAUAUCCUGAUAUCAAAUCCAUGCAAAUACAGCUUACCGGUUUCCUCGAUAAAGAUACUGCAUCUUUCUGUAAAGAUCUCUGGAACCUCUGCUUGAGCGCCCAAUCUAGCCCCCAGGGCGUCCCCAAGGAGCUUCUGGAAGCAAAGAAGCUAGAACUCAUUCAGGAGAAGAUCGAUGCAGACAAGGCUGCUGAAGAAUCUCGAAUUCGACGAGAGACCCAGGAGCGUCGCGACCAGGCUCUGUAUCUCGUUCCCGAUCAUCUAGCACGACUAGUGGGCGUAGCCGGCGAGUUACUCAUCGAUCACCUACCCCACCUCGUCACCGUUCCAGGGGGCGUCGAUCGCCACCUCGCCAUAGAGCUUCAGGAAAGCGAGAUCGGUCUACAGGGCGAACGAGAGGUUAUAGGCCCCGUAGAGACGGUCGCAGAAGAAAUACAUCUUCGCCGGCAAGCGCCAGUAGAUCCGGUGGUAGUCGAUCUCGCUCACCAGCACCUAAGAGACGCAGAUACUCAGACUCGCUCAGUCGCUCGAGGUCUCCACCACGCCGUGACAGUAGGCGGCUGA